AAACAAGAUAAAGUAGUUCUGACAUGAAUUGUUGGGUACUCUAGGCUAGACUUCCUGGUUAAAAACUUAUUACAUAAGACUUAACUGAUCAGCGUACAAAUGGUCAAUGAUUAAAGAUAACAUAGAUAAAUAUGUUACGCCAUCUGCAUUUCGUUUGGUUUUUGUCAAUGUGGGGAUAUAGUCUGUGCUGCCCUUCCUCGUGUAAUUGCAAUUCAUAUCGAAGAGUCUACUGUAAUAAUCCACAACAAAUGUUUGAUGCAAUACCUACAAAUAUACCUUCAAAUACUAUAUACCUCCACCUUGAUAACCAGCUUUUACGAAAUCUCAGCUCUUUGACUUGUAAUCAGUUUCCGAACCUACAACAGUUGUAUAUAAACAACAAUCAAAUUGAACUGAUACAGGACACAGAUUUUCUUGGAUGCUCGUCGCUAAUUAGAUUAGAUAUCCAAAACAAUUUACUGACAGAGAUUAAAAAUGGAACCUUCAAUGGUCUGACAUCGCUUCGAAUACUAGAAUUGUUUAACAAUGAAAUAUCAGAUCUUGAAACUGGAGCAUUUAAAGAUCUUCCAGCACUCUACCAGCUAAAUAUCCGAAACAAUUUACUGACAGAGAUCAAAAAUGGAACCUUUAAUGGUCUGACAUCGCUUCAACGACUGUGA